UCCUCUUGAUUUUCAGUGAAUUGGGUUUUUCUUUUCCUUGCAAAACAAUCAUAUAGAUGGACCUUCUUGGAGGGGCUCUUUUGGGAGCUGCAACUGGUGAAUCACUGACAGCUGUUCUGGAUUUUUCAGAGAGAGCCAUCAACUUCGAUAACAACCUCCAAGGAUUCGAAUCAAGAGCCAAUGAAAUCUUCCAAAUUGUACGUGAGAUUCAGGAAUUGGAUGGACAAUUGAACCCUCCCAACGAAGAAACCAAAAAGUUCACCGUUCGGAUGGAAGAGGCCCAGAAGCUUAUCCUCAAGUGCUCGAAAACUCCGAGUUGGAAUUGGGUCAAGAAGGCUUCCAACUCGAAGAAGCUCAAAGAAUACGAGGAUUCGCAAGUGAGAUUCUAUCAGACCCAUGGGCAAGUUCUGCUGAUAAGGUAUGUCAAGAAGAUUGUAGCGAAAUUUGAUGAAAGCAGAGAAGGUAGACCGGUUUGUGGUCCGAAUGUGUAUGCAGGUUCGUCUGGAGCUCCGGAAGUUCCAAGUUGUAGUGUUGGAGUGAAUGAAAUAGAUCCGAAUCUGAAUAGAAUGUGGUCGAGUGUGAGUAAAUAUCUGGCGGAUUGUGAUCAGAAUGUUCUUGUAGAUUCUUGUGUAGCUCCGGAAGUUCCAGCUUCUACUGUUCAUCUUCAUAACUUGAAGAUGAUGUUGCUAGACGAUGUUCUACGAGUGGUUCUACUUUCGAGUCCGGGAGGAUACGGGAAGACUACAUUGGCACAAAUGCUCUGUCUUGAUGUCGAUAUUAAAGGCAUAUUUAGGGAGAAUAUUUUCUUUAUCGCGGUUUCGAUGACACCCAACCUCAGGGUCAUUGUUCAGGACAUGUUUCGAUGCAAGGGUUUUCUGGUGCCUGAGUUUCAAAAUGAUGAGGAUGCCAUCAACCAACUAGAGAACUUGCUGAAGCAAAUAGGACCAGAUCCUAUAUUGGUGGUCUUGGAUGAUGUGUGGCCUGGAUCAAAACCCCUUAUUCAGAAGUUCAUGUUCCCAAUACCAGGAUACAAAAUAUUGGUUACAUCAAGAUCUGAAUUUCCAGGACUUGGUUCUACAUAUAAAUUGGAAAUAUUGAGUGAACAAGAUGCCAUGUCUCUUUUUUGUCAGUCAGCAUUUCCGCAAGGUGGGAGCAUGAACGUCCCAGAAUCUCUUCUUCAUGAGAUAGUGAGAGAAUGUAACAGAUUGCCACUAGCCCUUGAAGUGGUUGGUGGAUCACUCCGUGGACAACCGGAGGUGAUCUGGAGACACACACUGAUGCAAUUGUCUGAAAGAGAAUCCAUUUUUGAUUCCAACCAUGAUCUGCUUAUUUGUCUCCAAACUUCAAUAGAAACCUUGAACGAAAAGACUCAUGUCAAGGAUUGUUUCCUGGAUCUAGCUUCAUUUCCCGAAGAUCAAAGGAUCCCUGUCACGGCUCUUAUGGAUAUGUGGGCAGAACUGUACAACCUUGAUGAAGAUGGCAUAUAUGCCCUUACCAACCUCCAUAAACUAGCCUUCCAAAAUUUGGUUUUUCUUGAGUUUACAAGGAAAGAGGCAAGUGAAAUUGCUGGCUACUACAAUGAGCAUUUUGUCACCCUGCAUGAUCUGCUCAGAGAGCUGGCUAUCUACCUGAGCAGCCAAGAGCCCAUAGAACAGAGGAAAAGAUUAAUUAUGGACAUAUGAGGAAAUGACUUCCCCGAGUGGUUCGUUGAACAAAUACAACCGUUUCAUGCCCGCCUCUUGUCUAUCUCUACAGAUGAAACUUUUUCCUCAAGCUGGCACAACAUUGAACUACCUGAAAUUGAAGUUCUAAUAUUGAACUUCCUGACAAGCUACUAUAGCCUGCCCACAUUCAUUGAGAAAAUGGACCAACUGAAGGUUCUCAUCAUCGCAAAUUAUGGUUCCUGCCCAGCUGAAGUAACCAACUUUCGGCUACCUGGUCUUUUAUCCAGUUUAAAGAAAAUCAGACUGGAGCAUGUUUCAAUUUCUUUCCUUAGUGAGUCCAGAUUACAGUUCAGGAAUUUGCGGAAGAUAUCCUUGAGUACGUGCAUAAUUGGCGAGACCUUUAGAAACUGUACUUUCAAGUUCGCCUAUGUGUUCCCAAAUCUUGAGGAGAUUGAUAUUCACUGUUGCAGUGAUCUAGCGGAACUGCCUGAGGGGCUCUGUGAUAUUAUCUGCCUCAAGAAGCUCAGCAUCUCUAAAUGUCAUGGCCUGGAAUCCUGGAUGCACUUCCCAAAAGACUUGAAAGGCUAAAAAAUUUAGAAGUGGUGAGGCUUCAUUGUUGUAAAGGACUGUUAGGGUUGCCAGACUCAAUUGGAAGCCUCCAUAAAUUAGGGUUCCUUGACAUAUCUGACUGCUCAAAGAUAACGGAAUUGCCUACAGAGAUAGGUGAGCUGUGUGCUCUGAAAAAGCUCGUCAUGAGAGGUUGUGGACGACUGCAUCAGUUGCCAGAUUCAGUUAGCAAUCUUUGGCAAUUAAAGGAUGUGAUAUGCGAUGAAGUCAAUAUCGAUCUUUGGAAACCCUUUAAGAUUCAUCUCAACAACCUGAAGACAACUGUGCUUAAAGAAGAAAAUAAAAUUUAAACUGACAAAUCUCAUUGUGAGAUAAUGGUGUAGAACUUCAGGUAAGGCACCAUUGGAGUUGGAUUGAGAUUUCAGCCUUCAGGGGAUGCUUGUCAUAUUUGCUUUGGUCUUGUUUCUUUUAUUCUGGUAUGAGAAAGUCGAUUUGUGAGGAAUAAUAUAAUUAUGGACCUGUGUUUUCACAGUAAUGUAAUUAUGAACUUGUGUUUUUCCUGUUAUUGUUAUUGAGGAUGUUUUGAAGUGAGGAAUAAUAUGAUUACGGACCUGUGUUUUCACAAUAAUGUAAUUAUGAACUUGUGUUUUACCUGUUAUUGUAAUUGAGAAUGUUUUAAAAACCCUUGUGCUGAUUCAUGUAAGACUUGAUAUAAAUUAGUUAUUUUAAACUAAUCAUUUGUUAUUUUGCAAUGGAUGGCGAAUAUGAAAUUGGUCAAGUAUAGUGUGGGAUGAG